GAAAAAGUCGCGUUCAGCGUGUUAGAUCGCGUUCCCCCGCUGCACCCCCCAGCCUCCAGCUUCCAAGCGCCCUAGCCGUCAUCAGCAGUCCUGAGCGUCGUCGCAUCCUGCAAGCAAUUUGAUUUCGCAACACCCCUCACUUUUGAUCCGUAUCCGCACCACCGAACCCGCCCACCAACGAUCGAUCAAUUGCACUACGGUCAACAUGGCGCUUUUACAAUACCGAGCGCCUGUCGAUUACGCCGCGCACCAGGUUGCCUUUGAGCAAUUCCUGACGGGGUUCAAGACCUCCCCAGAGCAGACCAUCACACAUGCUCUUGGUAAUAUCAACAUUGACGAGGAUGAUCUCAGCGAUGAGUAUGACUUUAUGGACGAGGACGACGAUGCUCAGCAACGCCGUCUCCGGGACAAGGCGCGGAAACGAGCGCCCCAGCACAAAUACAAGGAGAUGCUCCAGCAGCUUGCCGAUAGGAAACUUGACCAAGUCGUAAUUGACUUGGACGACCUGCAGUCGUUCGAGGAAGACGCCGACGAGGGCCUCAAGCUUGUCGAGUCGGUCGAAAAGAACACAAAGCACUACGUCGAAGUCCUGUCCAGGGCCAUCGAUAAGCUCAUGCCUCAGCCGAGCGUCGACAUCACAUUCAAAGACGACGUACUCGAUGUCUUGAUGGCGAACAGGCAGCAGCGCAACCGCGACUUGGAAGAGGUGGCCGAUCGCCUUAUGGACCCCACCGUCAUCAACGAGCAGUACCCGGUCAUGCUCACGCGCCGCUAUACCCUCGUCUUCAAGUCAAGGACGUCGACACCCCGGAAUCCGGUCAAGGCACUCUCUGUCCGCCAGGUUCGUGGCGACCACAUUGGCCAUCUCAUCACCAUCCGCGGCAUCGCCACCAGAGUCUUCGACGUCAAGCCCGUCGUCCAAGUCAGCGCUUACACCUGCGACCGCUGCGGAUGCGAAAUCUUCCAGCCCGUCACCGAUAAGCAGUACGGGCCUCUUACCUUGUGCCCGUCCCAGGACUGCAAGGACAACCAGGCAAGGGGCCAGCUCUACCCAUCCUCAAGGGCAUCCAAGUUCCUGCCCUUCCAGGAGGUCAAGAUCCAGGAACUUGCCGAGCAAGUCCCCAUCGGCCAGAUUCCGAGGACAUUGACAGUCCUGUGCUACGGUAGCCUUGUCAGGCAAAUCAACCCCGGCGAUGUGGUCGAUAUUGGCGGCAUUUUCCUCCCUACCCCUUACACCGGGUUCAAGGCUAUGCGCGCUGGUCUUCUAACUGAUACCUACCUCGAGGCGCACCACGUCCUCCAGCACAAGAAGGCGUAUGAAGAGAUGGAAAUCGAUCCCCUCAUCAUGCGGAGGAUCUCGCAGUUCACCCGGUCGGGCAACCAGUACGAGUAUCUCGCAAAGUCGAUCGCACCAGAAAUUUUCGGCCAUCUCGAUGUCAAGAAGGCGCUCCUCCUUCUCCUGGUCGGCGGUGUUACCAAGGAGGUUGGCGAUGGCAUGAGAAUCCGUGGUGACAUCAAUAUCUGCUUGAUGGGUGAUCCUGGUGUGGCUAAGUCGCAGCUGCUCAAGUACAUCUCCAAGGUUGCUCCCCGCGGCGUCUACACGACGGGCCGGGGAAGCAGUGGCGUCGGUCUGACAGCCGCUGUGAUGCGGGACCCCGUCACGGACGAGAUGGUUCUUGAGGGUGGCGCGCUCGUUCUCGCAGACAACGGCGUUUGCUGCAUCGAUGAAUUCGACAAGAUGGACGACAACGACCGCACAGCCAUUCACGAAGUCAUGGAGCAGCAGACCAUUAGCAUCUCCAAGGCUGGCAUCAGCACAACACUGAACGCGCGGACCUCCAUUCUGGCCGCCGCCAAUCCCAUCUAUGGCCGCUACAACACGCGCUUGUCUGCCGUCGAGAACAUCAACUUGCCUGCGGCCCUGCUGUCCCGUUUUGACGUCAUGUUCCUCCUGCUGGACACGCCUACGCGCGAGACUGACGCUCAGCUUGCGAAGCACGUCGCCUACGUCCACAUGCAUAGCAAGCAUCCAGACCUGGGUACGGCCGAUGGCGUUGUCUUCAGCCCGCAGGAAGUGCGUGCCUACGUCGCGCAAGCACGCACCUUCCGUCCCGUCGUGCCCACUGCCGUGUCCGAGUACAUGGUCAAGACGUACGUGCGGCUGCGCAGCCAGCAAAAGCGCAACGAAAAGAUCAAAUCGCAGAACUUUGGCCACACGACACCGCGUACACUCCUUGGCGUUGUACGUCUAGCGCAGGCCCUCGCACGCCUGCGGUUCAGCAACACCGUCACGCAGGACGACGUCGACGAGGCCCUUCGCCUCAUAGAGUCGAGCAAAGACAGCCUUGCCGCCGAGAGCAGCGGCAACUCGAGCCGCCGCGCCCUCAACGCCAGCAGCAAGAUCUACAACCUUGUCAAGAGCCUCGCCGACUCGGGCGCCUGCAGGGCGGAGGACGAUGUUGAGGAGGACGAGGAAGAUCAGUUUGGCAUCGAGCUCAACCUCCGCAAAGUCAAGGAGCGCGUCAUUGCCAAGGGUUUUACAGAGAACCAGUGGCUGACGGCCCUGGAAGAGUAUACCGAGCUUGACGUUUGGCAAACUGCCGGUAAUGGCACGCGCCUCGUCUUUAUCACAUCCAACAACGCGGAAAGAGAUGGUAGCCCGGAACUCUAAAUAAUGCGCUGUAUAUGUUAUGAUUUUGUCUGUGAGGGCUUAGAGGAUGGCUCCCUUUUCGAUAAAUAUGGUCGGUCUUGUUAUCCGCUUUCUGCAGGUCCAAUGUACUUUUCUCCUUUUUUGGUCUUUUAUUUCCGGGCUUGUUAUAUUGGCGUUCUUUAUGAUAGGUAAGUUUGGAAGGGUGUGUUUCUAUUUUUAUUGCUUGGAGGUGCCGAGUUAAUUAACUAUUUGAACACUAUUCAUGAUUGUUGUCGCGCUUUACGAUCUUGAAUGCAAUAUAUAUACCUACCU